AUGCCAGCAACAACCACAAUCCCCACCCUAACCAUCGCGGCCGCCAAGGCAGCAACAGCCGCCUGCGAAGCCAAGGCCGCCGAGCUCGGGGUGCCGAUGAACAUCGCGGUAGUGGACAGCAGCACGCACCUACUGUCCUUCACGCGCAUGGACGGUGCGAAACUGACGUCGGUGAACAUCGCCAUCGACAAGGCCUUCACGGCGGCCGGCCACCGCCUGCCCACCUCGGCCUACAAGGACGUCGUGUGGCCAGGGGGCGCCGCCUACGGCAUCAACGGAACCAACGGCGGCCGCUUCAACGUCAUCGGCGGCGGCCUCCCCGUCAAGGGGCUCGGCGAUGAGGUCCUCGGCGCCGUCGGCUGCUCCACCGGCACCCCGGCGCAGGACGAGACUGUUGCGCGGGCGGGCGUCGAGGCUGUCGAGAAGCUGGUCCAGGAGGAGGGUCGGGGGCAGCUGAAGGCGAAGCUUUGA